AUGGGCAUCCCCCUCGCCGCCCUCAUCCCCCUCAUCCUCAUGGCCUUCCUCGUCGUCGGCGGCGUCAUCGCCUUCGCCAAGAUCGCAACGACCCCCGAGCCCCAGCCGUACUCGGCGUACUACAUGUACAGCAGCAACUACGAGACCGUCCCCGACCGCAGUAUAGCUAGUAUGAGCGUGGUCACGACGCCGGAGAGGGUGUAUGUUCCGCCCGGGGACGUCGAGAGGGGGUUGGGGCCUGGGAGAGGGGGUGGGGGAAUGGGUGGAAGGGAAAUGGGAAUGGGGGGGAGGGAAAGCCGGAUGAGCGGUGGGAGCGAAGGUCGGAUGAGUGCGGGGAUGGGCUAUAUGGGUCCCGCCGCCGGGAGGGAGAUGGGUGGAGGGAUGGGGUACAUGGCUCCCGGCGCCGGUGCUGGGAGGGAAAUGGGUGGAGGGACGGGCAUGGGGUAUAUGGGACCUGCCGACGGCGGGCGGGAAAUGGACAUGGGAGGAGCAGCAGGUGCUGGGGGGCAGAAACAGAUGGUGCAGACGUAA